AUGUCUCUCACUGCUGACCAAAGCAAGCGUGUUGCAUACAUUCAACAAAAAUAUAAGUCACUCGAAUCUCAAAUAACGAGAGUCGAAACUUAUGUCAAGGGUGCCAACCCAGAGGCAACCAAUGCGAAGUUAAGGUUGGAUAUUUUGUCUUCAUUACACAAGGAGUACAUGAAGUACAAUGAUGAACUUUCCCAGUUAGAUCCCGACAAUCCUUCGAUAGGUUCGUUUCCCGAUCUCUCUGAUCGUUAUUUUGAGGUUGGCGCUGCUGUUGAGAAACUUCAACGGAGUGUUGAUCCGCCAAUCCCAAUUGCGAAUUCCACUCUGAAUGCGAGUACAAUCGUUCUCGCGGAGCAUCAGGCUCUUCCCAAAAUUCCUCAGGUAUCACUGCCUAUGUUUGACGGUAAUCGUGAAACUUGGUCCCAUUUCAAGAGCAAAUUCACCACGCUCGUUCAUACUCUUACGGACAUAUCGGAUGCCGUGAAGGCCGGUCAGUUGUUUUCUCUGCUCACAGGAGCGGCUUUAGCAAAGGUGUCCCAUUACGAUCCGUGUGAAGCCGAUUAUCAGAAGGCUUGGACCAGUCUUCUCAGUUUUUACGAUCAAAAGCGUAUCGUCGCAAAUCAACAUUUAGAUGCUCUGUUAGAUCUUCCUCGCUUGCAGAAGGCGUGCGAUGAGGAUUUGUCAUCUUUGGUGGACAACGUUCGCCAACGUCUCAAUAUUCUUGAGCGCUUGGGAAGAGCGCCUAGCGAAGAUUUAGUUGUUAGGAUAAUAGAGAGGUGUCUACCUCCUGCAGUUUCUAGUAGAUGGCAAGAUAGACUAGAACCCAAUGCUUUCCCUAAGUUGGACGAUCUUCUCAAGUUUAUUGACAAUACAGUGUUCAAACUGCAAUCUCUGCAUGGCACUUUUUCGACUGCUCCCAAUAGCAGAAAACGUUCUGGGGAAGCCGUUCCGCAAUCGCAUUCUAAGAACCCGAAACAGAACGCUCGUUCUCUGGUCACUUCUGGAGUGUCUUCAACUUCUCAAGCUUCUCAAAUCACUUGUCCAAAAUGCAAGGGCGAACACAAUUUAUUCAGAUGUGUUGAUUUUGAGAAGCUGUCCGUUUCAGAACGAUGGAAAUUCGUAAACAGCAAUAAGGUGUGCCGCAAUUGUCUCGGAAAACAUCCUUUUCCAUGCAAGAGUGAACACCGUUGCAAGAAGUGUUCGAAGGCUCAUCACACAAAACUCCACAAUGAUAAGGGUUCUGGAUCGCAGUCGUCGAAGGCGCCAGAGGCGUCAAAGACUUCUGAAUCUUCAACUAAAGAGGUUCCUAAUUCUUCGAAUCCUCAAUCAUGA